UCCCGUUAUCGUGUACGCGCAGCCAGCGAGCAGUCCGUCAGCUGUCAGCUGUAGCCUCUGCCGUGUCGAGGCAAGACGAGCCAAGUCGCCCGGUGAUUGCGCCGCCACCGCAGCUCCGUUUCAAGCCUGCACAGCUUUCUCAAACCCGGUAAACCACACUAGCUUUCUCGCCUUUUCUAAAUGGAGCUUAUCGGCGACCUUCCCGCUAGGCCCCUCGAUCCUGCAGCUUGCUUCAAUCAGCAUGGCGAUCCGAGUGACGACGGUGUCAGUGCCACAAGCUUUCGCGGCCCGGUGGCGGUUGUGUUGCCGGCUGGUGGGUGUGGAGAAAGAAUGGGGCUCUCAACUCCCAAACAGUUUUGCAAACUGCUGGACAGACCUCUUAUCAGCUACACCAUACACGCUUUCGAGAGAAUUAAGUGGAUUGAAGCUGUCAUUGUGGUGGUGGCAGAGCAGCAUGUUGAACUGAUGAAAUCUAUUAUUCAGAAAUAUAAUCACGAGAAAACUCAGUGGUGUGUUGGUGGGCUCACACGGCACAGAUCUAUAUUUAAUGGGCUAAGUGUGUUUGUGGAUGACAAGUUUAUGGAGUGCCAUCUCACCAAGCCAAAAGUUGUUAUUAUUCAUGAUGCCGUAAGACCUUUUGUGAACGAAGAUAUUCUACUGAAGAUUGCCACUGCAGCUAAUGACCAUGGGGCAGCUGGAGCCAUUAGACCGCUUGUUUCUACAGUGAUUGCUACUAAUUCAGAGCAUUUUUUGGACCAUUCACUGGAACGUUCAAAAUACAGAGCAAGUGAAAUGCCUCAGGCAUUUCUUUUCGACACAAUAUACAAAGCUUAUCAAAAGUGUACAGAAUAUGAUUUUGAGUAUGGAACAGAGUGCCUUCAUCUUGUCUUGAGCUACUGUAAUACACAAGCUAAACUUAUUGAAGGGCCACCAACUCUGUGGAAGGUGACUUAUAAGCAGGAUUUGUUUGCUGCUGAAUCCUUAAUUAAGGAAACCCUUUCCCAAAAUGUCUAUGUUAUUACAGAUGUGGAUCAAGAAGCUUUACAGUUAGGUCAUUGUCUUAAGAAAAUGUUAAUGACACAGCACAUGGAUGUAGAAGUUAUAUCAGCAGAAUAUGGAAAAAAGAAAUUAUGUAUUCCACAUGUGUCAUCCCAAGAAAGUUACAAUAUUAUUAUAAUUGGUAAUACAGAUCUUCAAGAAAAACAAGAAGUAAUAGACGUGAUUGCAAAUUCAAGUAUGACAUUAUUGUACCCAAUGGUCCUAAUCUUGGUUUAUAUCAGCUUGCCAGAAAGUACACCUUUCAGCAAAAAACUAGAUGAGCCAAGUGCCAUCAGACGACUUGCAAAGGAAGCAAAACAUAGAAAUAUUUUGGUUUAUGGUCUCCUGGUUAAUUAUACAAAGGACUCAGAAGAGCUAAACGAAUCAUUAGAAAAUAUGUGCUUCAUUUCAAAGUCACUUAUGAAGGACAGAAAUUCAGCCUUAACUGGCCAACUGCUUGUUGUAUAAGAUGUAACUCGAGGCCAACGUUUUGUUCACCGUAAAGAUUGAAAGCACCAUAAAAUAUUGUAAAAGCAUGAUAUGCAGUCAUUUACUAACUUUUUAAAAUGGAAAAUAGAGAAAAAACUGUACAUUUCAUUGUGUGUUUUUUUGAAAGUGAGGAGUACACAUUAAGCUUUGUUCUGUGUUUUUAGUUGCUUAUUGAUAAAGGAAAUAAAUAUAUAUUUAUAACA